AUGGAGGCGGACUUUCUUCGCUCCGGCAAUUCGAUCAACGGAUGGAAGAGCGAGGCUGCUAGAACGAGCUUGCGAGGGAAGAACAACCCGGCGGAGAAUACUCCCCGCGCCCCUCGGUCGAGAAAGCAAGCUGCUCUCAUCCGCGAACCUUGGAUGCCUCCCCGGUACGCGAUCCUUGGCUGCCUAACCACCCUCAACUCUAGUGGGAUCGCCCAAAUACCAGCGCGUGUGAUCCUUGGCUUCCUACUCGCCGGGCCAAGCAAGCUGCUCUCGUAG